CGGAACGGGCGGGGCCCGGGCCGGAAGCGGCGGGAGGCGGCGGCGGCAGUGCCGCUCCUGCUCCCGGUGCCCGCGCGGUCCCGUCAUGUCGGGCCGCUGCUGCCACGGGCAGACGCCCAGUCGCGACAUCCCGGGCCCCGGCAAGUGCCUCGCCCUGCCCGACGGGGCCCCGCUGCCGCCCGGCGACUACAGCACCACGCCGGGGGGCACCGUGUUCGGGACCACGCCGGGCGGUACCAGGAUUAUUUAUGACCGCCAGUUUUUGAUGGAAUGCCGCAAUUCCCCGGUUGCCAAAACUCCUCCCUCCGACCUUCCCGACAUUCCAGGCGUGACCAGCCCCAGCGGGGAGGAGCUGAAGCUUGAAAACCACCACGUCCAAAGCUGUGAGGAGAAAGUGAGCACAGCAGGUGAGGAAGAGCAGUUUGACAUGGACAUCUAAGACACCUGCCUGGGGAGUGCUGGUCCAGUGAAGCACCAGAACUUGUGAGGAUUCCCACCAGCCAGGCUCACAGCAGCUAUGCCUUGAGUGCCUUCCUGCUCCUGGGAGAGGCAGAUUCCCUCGGGGGAGCAGAGCAGUCCUGUUCCAGGGGCUGGGUCUCAGGAUGCUGCAGGAGACACUCUCCCCCUUGGUUUCAGUUCCAGUUUUAUGCUUUUGUUAAUCAUUUUAAUACUGUAAGACUUACAGGAAUGCAAUAUAAGGGAGAAAUAAAAAUCAUGUGGAGUCUCCUGGUGUGGAGAUGAAUGCAAUAAA